GCGAGACCUUUUGGCGCGCUUCCAGUUCUCUUUUCGGCCCCUCCUCCCCAACUCCCCCCCUGCCGCCUCCUUCCCUCCCUCCCUUUCAAUCCCUUCUCUCUUUCCUGUCCCGCAGGCAAUCUCGAUCCUCCCCUCAGAGCUGGUGGAAACCCCCAUGGGGGAUUCUAGGGUUUUCGCGGAGCCUCGCGGGAACCCCGCCAGAUCGGGGGCGGGGAUCAUCUCAAGAAUCUGCCUCGAGAAUUUCAUGUGCCAUAGUAGCCUCCAUAUCGAGUUGGGGGACUGGGUCAACUUCAUCACCGGCCAGAACGGAAGUGGAAAAAGUGCAAUAUUAACGGCGCUCUGUGUUGCUUUUGGUUGCCGAGCAAAAGGCACCCAGAGGGCAGCCACUUUGAAAGAUUUCAUAAAGACUGGCUGCAGUUACGCAGCUGUUCAUGUGGAAAUCAAGAAUCAAGGAGAAGAUGCUUUCAAGCAUGAAAUCUAUGGAGAUCUGAUUAUCCUAGAACGCAAGAUUACAGAGUCAACAAGCUCCAUCAUAUUAAAAGACUGUCAAGGAAAAAAGGUUGCUUAUCGGAAAGGUGAACUAAAUGAACUAGUAGAGCAUUUUAAUAUUGAUGUUGAAAAUCCAUGUGUCAUUAUGAGCCAAGACAAAAGCAGAGAGUUUUUGCAUUCCGGAAAUGAUAAAGACAAAUUUAAGUUCUUUUUCAAGGCUACACUUCUACAACAAGUAAAUGAUCUUCUACAAAGCAUCACAGAAAAUCUGAGUGCUGCGACCGAAGUUGUUGAACAACUGGAAAAAUCAAUAAUGCCCAGAGUUAAAGAACUUAAUGAGUUGCAGGAGAAGAUUAAGAAUAUGGAACAUGUAGAAGAAAUAGCUCAAGAAGUGCAACAUUUGAAGAAAAAACUUGCCUGGUCAUGGGUGUAUGAUGUUGAUAGACAAAUUCAGGAACAAACUGGCAAGCUUGAAGUGCUUAAAGAGCGUAUUCCCAUAUGCCAAGCUAAAAUUGAGCAAUAUGCGGCUAAGGUGGAGGAAUUGAACAGCUUGCUUACUAGUAAGAAAUCCCAGAUUGCAUUUUUGACAGAAAAGACCUCUGAAGUAAGGAAAAGUAAGGAAGAAUUGGAGCAGAAUCUUUCAUCGGUUACCAAGGAGAGGCUUGAACUCGAAGAGGUGCAUUCCCGUGAAAUGAACUUGACGAAGAAAAUGAGCAAGCGUGUGAAGUUGCUUGAGCAGCAAAUUCAUGAUAUUCAUGAGCAACAUAUGAGAAAUACACAGGCUGAAGAAUGUGAGAUUGAGGAACGAAUAAAGAAACUGCAGGAUGAUGUUGAUGUAUAUCAUAGAACUGUUGCAAGGUUGCAGGAGGAAGAACAUUCACUAUUCGAAAAGUUAUCCGCAGCCAAAAAUGCUACCAAUGAUAUGUCUAAAGAGAUUGAAGAACAUGAAAGAAGAUAUCGUGAUUUAUGCUCACAGAUGAAUGAGCUUCAGCAACACCGAAUGAACAAGGUAACAGCCUUUGGAGGAGGAAGAGUUCUGAAUCUCUUACAGGCUAUUGAAAGACACCACAGAAAAUUUAAGAGCCCUCCUAUUGGUCCAAUUGGAGCCCAUGUGAUAUUGAUUAGUGGUGACAUCUGGGCCCUAGCAGUUGAUUGUGCUGUUGGGCGGUUGCUGGAUGCUUUCAUAGUCACCGAUCAUAGAGAUUCACUUCUUUUACGAGCUUGUGCAAGAGAAGCAAACUAUGCGAACCUUCAGAUCAUUAUAUAUGAUUUUUCUAGACCUCGGUUGAACAUCCCAAACUACAUGCUUCCUUCGACAAAUCAUCCGACUAUUCUUUCUGUUAUACAUUCUGACAAUCCUACUAUAAUUAAUGUGUUGGUGGAUAUAGGCAAUGUUGAGAGGCAAGUGCUUGUUCAAGAUUAUGAGAUGGGAAAAUCUGUUGCAUUUGAUCAGAGAAUUCAAAAUAUGAAGGAAGUAUACACUUCUGAUGGAUAUAGAAUGUUUUAUAGAGGUUCAGUCCAGACCACCCUUCCUCCAAACAAAAGGGCCAGGGGUGGCCGGCUGUGCGGUUCUAUUGAUGAUGAAAUUUACAAUAUUCAAAAUGAAGCCUCUAAGGUCAAAGAACUUGUUCAAGAAGGCAGAGGGAGGAAAAGAGAUUCUGAGGAAGCACUUCGGGAUCUUGAACUCAAAGUACAGAAUACAAAGAGGCGACGAAUAAAUGAAGAAAAGCAUUUGAUGUCUAAGCAACUUGCUUUGCGGGAUAUGAAGAACUCUUAUGCCUCUCAGAAAAAUGAUGACCCUAUGAAUGUUGAGGAGCUUUACCAAGAAAUCUCGCAAGUGCAAGAUGAUAUACAAGGAAAGGAUAUGUUACUGGAGAAACUCUGUGUAAAGAUGACCGUGGCACAAGAGAAAGCUAGUAACUUAAAAAAAUCCAUUGAAGACUUGUGUGAGUCAGCAAAAGGGGAAAUCGAUGCCAUUGAAGUUGCCGAGCAUGAAUUACUGUUGGCUGAAGAUGAACUGCGUGCCACAGAGGCUAAGAGAAUCCAUUAUGAAGGAGUCAUGCAAAAUAAGGUACUCCCUGAUAUUAAAACAGCAGAGGCAGAGUAUGAAGAGCUCCAACACAACCGUCAGGAAAACUUUAGGAAGGCUUCUAUCAUAUGUCCUGAGUGUGAAAUGGAAGCUUUGGGAGGCUGUGCUGGGUAUACUCCAGAGCAACUCAGUGCCCGAUUAAACAGAUUGAAGCAGAGGCUUCAGCAUGAGAGCCAGAGGUACAACGAAUCUAUUGAUGAUCUUAGAGCAAUGUAUGAUAAAAAGGAGCGCAAAAUUCUAAAGAAACAGAUAACCUAUGCAACUUUCCGUGAGAAGUUAAAUGCAUGCCAGAAGGCACUUGAUUUGCGCUGGAGCAAAUUCCAGAGAAAUGCUAAUCUGUUAAAGCGACAACUAACUUGGCAGUUCAAUGGACAUUUGAGGAAGAAAGGUAUAAGUGGGCACAUUAAGGUAGACUAUGAACAGAAGGUUUUAUCUGUGGAGGUAAAGAUGCCUCAGGAUGCAUCUGGCAACAGUGUUCGGGAUACUAGAGGGCUUUCAGGUGGGGAGCGCUCCUUUUCCACUCUCUGCUUCGCAUUAGCUCUUCAUGAAAUGACAGAAGCACCGUUUCGAGCCAUGGAUGAGUUUGAUGUGUUCAUGGAUGCUGUUAGUCGAAAGGUCAGCUUAGAUACUCUCGUGGAUUUUGCGGUGGCGCAAGGAUCACAGUGGAUAUUCAUCACCCCGCAUGAGAUCAGCAUGGUUAAGCCUGGGGAGAGGAUCAGGAAGCAGCAAAUGGCAGCACCUCGUGGUUAAGCAACUGUACCAUAACAUCAAGCAUUAAUACUAAAAUUGAUCAGAACAAUGUCUUAUUGUAACAUUAUUCAGUGAAAGGCCGGCAGCCAUCCGUCGCCUCAGGACAUCAUCCUGGGGUGGUUAGGAUGUCUUUUGAAAGGUUUACCUAUUGGCAUCUCCAGUUUCAUAUGGAAAAUGUGUCUGCUUUCGCUUCACU